CCCCGCGCCAGCGCCGCGCUCGGCGGCAAGGCAGGCGGGCGGGCGGGCCCCGCUCCCUUCCGGACGCGCCGGAGCCGCGAGCAGCCAUCCAGGUGGCGGAGCCGGCCCACCGCCACUGAGUCACCCGCCCGCCCGAGCUCCCUGCCUGCCCUUCGCCAUUGGAUUAUUUCGGAAGCCCGAAAACUUGGAGCUGCACCUGAGUCCCGCCCCUUCCAGCCCUCCCCUCCCUACCUUGGGCUCGGAGGAAGAUGGGGCUCGCGGUGGGUCUGCCGUCACCCCCUACGGAUACGGAGGCCGCGGCGGGGGCCGGGCGUGCCUGCGGGGAGCUGCAGAUAUGGUGACCAGGCUGCCGCUGUCCCCCGGAGGUGUGGGGACAGAAGGGGAGUCUCGUCCCUCCCAGCUGCCUGGAGGCCGGCCCGGCUGGCUUUGAACUCUCCCUCCCCCCGCCCCCCGCCCGCCCGCUACCCCACCCCCCCGGGGGUGUUGCUGGGAAGGAGUGGCUUCUAGGGUCCCCGUGGCAUUUGGAGAGCGAGGCUGCAUUGGCUUAGGCCGGGCAGGGAGAGGCGCUUCCUGGGCUAGGAACAAGCACCAGCCUGCAGUGGGAGAGCGCCGGGCGCAGCGGCCCUGGGGGAGCAGCCCAGCCUGCCCCUAGGGGGCUUGGAGAACGGAGCUCAUGUCUGCGAGCCUGCUGAGAGCAAGUAGGGAGCAGCCUGCACCGUUCAAAACUGGAAACCCCUGAGGCAGCGAGAGAAGCCCUCCCCAGGCCUCGAAGCCCAGGGCCAGCAGUCUGACGGGUCCAGGGAAGCUGCCCCUUUCUGCAGAGCCUGCAGGCCGAGGCUUGCGGAGGACUGGCCCCGCGCCGCUGACUGCCCAAGAGAGCUGCCCACUGCAGGAGCCUGAGGAGCCUCGGAGAGCAGUGAGUGGGUGUACCAGCUCUGGCCAUUGCAGGUCCUGAUACAACUCUUUGAAAUAUUUUAUGCCGCCCCUUUGAAAGGAGCAAAAAUCCCCUGGUUUGGACAAGGCACCAUGUUCCGCAAGAAGAAGAAGAAACGCCCCGAGAUCUCCGCCCCGCAGAACUUCCAGCACCGCGUCCACACCUCCUUUGACCCUAAGGAGGGCAAGUUUGUGGGGCUCCCCCCACAGUGGCAGAACAUCCUGGACACUCUGCGGCGCCCCAAGCCUGUGGUGGACCCUUCACGCAUCACACGGGUGCAGCUGCAGCCCAUGAAGACUGUGGUGCGGGGCAGUUCAGUGCCCUCCGACGGCUACAUCUCAGGGCUGCUCAAUGACAUCCAGAAGUUGUCGGUCACCAGCUCCAACACCCUGCGCGGCCGCAGCCCCACCAGCCGGCGGCGGGCCCAGUCCCUGGGGCUGCUGGGGGACGAGCACUGGGCCGCUGACCCGGACAUGUACCUCCAGAGCCCACAGUCGGAGCGCACCGAGCCCCACGGCCUCUACCUCAGCUGCAACGGGGGCACACCAGCAGGCCCCAGGCAGGGGCCGGGGCCCGAGCCGCAGAGUCCGCGCGUCCUGCCUAACGGGCUGGCCGCCAAGGCGCAGUCCCUGGGCCCCGCCGAGUUCCACGGUGCCUCGCAGCGCUGCCUGCAGCUCGGUGCCUGCUUGCAGAGCUCCCCGCCCGGCACGUCUUCUCCCGCGGCAGCUGGCAGGCGUGGCACAAAGGCUGCCAAGCACGGCUCCGAGGAGGCCCGGCCACAGUCCUGCCUGGUAGGCUCGGCCGCAGGCAGGCCCGGAGGGGAAGGCAGCCCGAGCCCCAAGGCCCAGGAGAGCAGCCUGAAGCGCAGGCUGUUCCGAAGCAUGUUCCUGUCCACUCCCGCCUCAGCCGCUCCGGGCAGCAGCAAGCCAGGCCCUCUACCGCAGAGCAAGCCCAGCUCCUCCUUCCGCCAGCCGCAGAAAGACUCCCUGCCAAGCCUGGUGGUCAAGGCCCAGUCCUUGCCUUCAGACCAGCCUGUGGGGACAUUCAGUCCUCUGCCCCCUUCGGACACCAGCAGCCCCCUGAAGUCCCUCCGUACCAACCCGGCCACCGGCCCACUGCCCAGCCGGUCCUCACCGGCCGGCUCCCCCAGGACCCGGCACGCUCAGAUCAGCACCAGCAACCUGUACCUGCCCCAGGACCCCGCAGCGGCCAAGGGCGCCCUGGCCGGCGAGGACACGGGUGUGGUGACUCACGAGCAGUUCAAGGCCGCGCUCAGGAUGGUGGUGGACCAGGGUGACCCCCGGCUGCUGCUGGACAGCUACGUGAAGAUCGGCGAGGGCUCCACUGGCAUCGUCUGCCUGGCCCGUGAGAAGCACUCGGGCCGUCAGGUGGCCGUCAAGAUGAUGGACCUCCGGAAGCAGCAGCGCCGGGAGCUGCUCUUUAAUGAGGUGGUGAUCAUGCGAGACUACCAGCACCUGAACGUGGUAGAGAUGUACAAGAGCUACCUGGUGGGCGAGGAGCUGUGGGUGCUCAUGGAGUUCCUGCAGGGUGGGGCCCUCACCGACAUCAUCUCCCAAGUCAGGCUGAACGAGGAGCAGAUCGCCACCGUGUGCGAGGCCGUGCUGCAGGCACUGGCUUACCUGCACGCCCAGGGAGUCAUCCACCGGGACAUCAAGAGCGACUCCAUCCUGCUGACCCUGGACGGCAGGGUGAAGCUCUCCGACUUCGGAUUCUGUGCUCAGAUCAGCAAAGAUGUCCCUAAGAGGAAGUCCCUGGUGGGAACCCCCUACUGGAUGGCUCCAGAAGUGAUCUCCAGGUCUCUGUAUGCCACCGAGGUGGAUGUCUGGUCCCUGGGCAUCAUGGUGAUCGAGAUGGUGGAUGGGGAGCCACCCUACUUCAGCGACUCGCCGGUGCAAGCCAUGAAGAGGCUCCGGGACAGCCCCCCGCCCAGGCUGAGGAAUUCCCACAAGGUCUCCCCGGUGCUUCGAGACUUCCUGGAGCGGAUGCUGGUGCGGGACCCCCAAGAGAGGGCCACAGCCCAGGAGCUCCUGGACCACCCCUUCCUGCUGCAGACGGGGCUGCCCGAGUGCCUGGUGCCCCUGAUCCAGCUCUACCGCAAGCAGACCUCCGCCUGCUGAGCCACUUCCACAGUGCACCUGCCACCUGUGCCCACAGGCAGGGCACACGGGGCGGCCAGCCUGCCCCACUCUCAGUAUUCUCUCCAAAGAUUGAAUGUGAAGCAACCCCACCCCCCCGCCCCUCUGCCCACUGGGCCAGGCCGGACCUGCCCCCUCGGUCUCUCCCUCCCUCCCCACAGUCCCCAGCUGCCUUUGGGCUGAUGGAGACUCCUGCAGGAUGCCCUUUGUUAUUUGCCCAGGGAUAUUUCUAAGAAACAGAGACUGGCGCUCCUGGCCACUGGGGCCAGCACAGCAGGCAAGGCUGCUGCGGGUUUGUCUGUGUUUUUUUUAAAGGGAGUUGUACACGGGCAGUCUGCUCGUCUAGGGGUGGGGGUGGGGGGUGCGGGGAACUGCUGUCCCCGGCGCUGGAGUCAAACCCCGGGGUCUCAGGAGCCAAGGGGAGGCUCUGACUACCUGAACCCUUCUUCCUCCCAAGUGUCUGACUUCCUGAACCUGCCCCUGACCCACCCGCACAGCCUGCUCCGAGGCCCUGGGCAGCACAGGGAGCAUUCUCUGAGCGAAAGAGGAGGAAGGGGUCGCUGUCAGAGUGGUCUCACUCCACAGGAUGCAGAGGGGGAACACGUGUGAGGGGGGAGAAGGCUUCCCGCCAGCCUGGGUCCCUUUGGGUCACCCACAGCCAGCAUCAGGAAGGCUGCCCCCACCUCCCUCCCACUCACCAAGAGCCUGCUGCCUCGGCCUGGCUCCCCACCCCGCCAACCCACGAUUCUCCCCACCCAAGGAGCGGUGGCAGUGAGUCUAAGGCACCUUCGGGGCCUCCGGGGGCUGGUGCCAUGUGAGGGCUGGAGCCCAAGGGAACACGUCUGUUUCUUCUGUCCAUUUCAUCUCAAUCACCAGGUCAUCAGGGACCCAUGCUUCUCUUCAGAGCCCUGGCCUGGGGGAGGUGAACCUGGCCAGUGUGAGCCACCUGCCUCCUGUACCCCACCCCCACUCCCACCUUCAGGGCUGCUGUGAGACAGGGAAUUCCAGGGAAGAACUUCCGGCAUCUGGGCCCUACCUAGAUAAUAUUUUUAGAUUCCUCUGCUCCCUAGUGGCCUGCAAGGAAAUUUGCAAGGACUUUUUUUUUUAAGGGUCAGAGUUUUAAAAACAAAAGCAUCUUCCCUAGAAAUUUUUGUGAAUUGUUUGCACUUGUGCCUGUUUUAAAUUAAACUUGAGUGUUCAAAACC